UAGUCAGUUGAACUGUUUCCUUGGCGCCCUCGAGAUGACGUCACGCCCGCGCCGGAAGUUCUUCGUUCUGUUUACACUUCGCCCCUUUGUUGUGUUUAAAAACCUCUUAAAAAUGUCCAAAAAGCGGCCAGAGAGCGGCAGCCUGAGGGCCUGUGUGGAGCAGCAGCUGGCGGCGGCAGCCUCGGGGGUCCUCGGCCUGCUGGAGGAGCGCGGCCAGGCGGAGCUGGAGGAGCUGCGGGCGCUGCUGAUGAAGCGGAUCGCAGCGGCCGUGGACUCCAUCCUCACCGCGUUCGAAGCGAGCAGAGCGGCCGAAAGAGGAACUCUGGAGCCGGGAGAGAGGCGGAGAGGAGGCCGCGGAGAGCAGUCAAAAGAACUGUGUCUGUCUGUUGGUGUUAGGAGUCAGCCUUUCCAAAGACCACCUGGUUCCACUUCCAGACUCGACCAGCAAGCGGCUUUUCCAGACGAUGAGGCGGCAGCUGAGGAGGAAGAGGAUGAUACGGUUGCAGCAGAUGAAACAUCUCCCAGCUGCAAAGUUUGUGGGAAAUCCUUCGACACGAAAGGCUUUUUGAUCAAACACGUGGAGAAACACGCCAAGGAAGUGGAGAGUCGGUGCGGUGUGUGUGGGGAACGUUUGGAGUCCAGCGCUGACCUGAAACGACAUCUUCAGAUGCAUCGCGACAGCUGCAGGACCUGCGACUUCUGCGGCAAAAAGUUCCCCUCGAUCCGAGCUAAGGAGACGCACGCACGGCUGCACACCGGUGAGAAACCGUUCAGCUGCCGCCACUGCGGCAAAGGCUUCAGCCAGAAGGGCAACAUGAUGACUCACCUGCAAACCCAUGUGGAAGAAAAGCUCUCUGAAGACUUCGUCCACAGCGUUUCACCAGAGCAAGACAUGAAGACCGACGGUGAACAGACGGUGUUCACCUGCAAAGUCUGUGGAGCAGAUUUCUUAACGACCUCUGACCUCAGGAGACACGCCCAGAGCCACAACCAGCUGAACGACAAGAGCAAACGCAGAAAGCCGAGUCUGACUCCUUCUCACUCCUGCAAGGUCUGCGGGAAUGCUUUCCACAAUAAAGGGAACUUACUGCGACACACAGAGACACAUUUAAAUCACCCCGACCUCCUGUGUGGCGUCUGUGGAGAGCGGGCCGAGUCGUCCGAGAGCCUGCAGCUCCACAUCCAGAGUCACAGAGAAAUUAACAAAGCCUGCGACAUCUGCGGAGACAACUUCAGGGACAUGGAGAUUCACAUGAGGACGCACUCCGGGCAAAAACCUUUCAGGUGUAAAGACUGCUGCAAGGAUUUCCCCAGGAAGAGCUCCCUGGAGAGACACCUGAAGCUGCACGCCGGCGAGAGGCCAUACAUCUGCGAGUUUUGUGGGAAGACUUUCAUCGAAAGCACCGUCCUCAAGCGGCACAUCAAGAGCCACACCGGCGGGAAGCCCCGGAUUUACACCUGCGAAACCUGCGACAAGAAGUUCACCAUGAGCCAACAUCUGGACGUGCACAAGAGGAUCCACACGGGGGAGAAGCCGUUCCCCUGCAAGGUCUGCGGCAAAACCUUCAGGCAGAUCGGCAACCUGGACUCCCACAUGAGGAUCCACACGGGCGAGAAGCCGUUUAUCUGCAGCCUCUGCGGGAAAACCUUCCGCCAGAAAAUCUCGCUGGAGACGCACGAGCGCUUCCACAAGAAGGACAAGGCGUUUGUCUGCCAGGUGUGCAGGAAGGGCUUCGUGCAGAAGAUCGACCUGAAGAGGCACAUGCUGACGCACACCGGCGAGAAACCCUUCAGCUGCCACACCUGCGGAAAGAGCUACCAGGAGAAGCGCUCGCUGGAGUCGCACAUGAAGGUCCAUGCGGGGGAGCAGGCCCCCAAGGACCCGGCUGUGAUGUCACACAUGAAGCAGCAGGAGGCGGAGGUCCAACCUCAGUUCACUCAGCUGUGAUCUGCUGCUGUUUGUGCAUAAACGACUCGACUCCUUCCUGUCUGAUAUAGGAAAAAUGACAAAACAGGAAGUCUGCUCUCACAUUAAGAGACAAAGCUUCCUGUUUCUGAUGCUUUUUGUAAAGGUCAGCUCCAUCCAGCUCACUCUGAAAGCAGAAACUUUGAGUAAAAACACAUUUAUAACAGCUGAACUGAAUCCUUUCUGCAUAUAAUCCCCGUUUCAAAACAGACUAAUUAAUUCAAUAGUUUAUUUCAUCCGAUUAAUCGUUUCAGACCAAACUAGAACUGUCAUAGUGGUUUCAAAUAAUUUAAAUCUGCUUUUAAAGAUUCACAAACUAUUUAGAAAAAAACUUUAAAGACAUUCCUUUUCUCAUCUUCCUGAAGUUAUUGAAAUAUUCUGCAGAUUUUUAAUGCUCACUUUAUUCAAAAUUUUACUUUCAGGUGAUCUGCUGUAAAUCUUUCACAUUUGGGUUUAAUUUGUACAAUUAACUCCAUUCCUGAACUUGGAGGAUUUAACUGGAUUUGUAGAUUUUCAG